UUGGGGACACUGGGGACAUUGGGGGGUCUCUUUGAGGACACUGGGGACAUUGGGGUCCGUUUGGGGACAGUGGGGUCCGUUUGGGGACAUUGGACACAUCGGGGAGGUUCCUUUGGGGACACUGGGGACAUUGUGGGGUCCCUUUGGGGACAUUGGGGACAUCGGAGGGUCCCUUUGGGGACACUGUGGGGUCCCUUUGGGGAUGUUGAGGACAUCGGAGGGUCCCUUUGGGGACAUCAGGAGGUGUCUUUGGGAAUGCUGGGGACACUGUGGGGUCCCUUUGGGGACGUUGGGGUCCCUUUGGUGACAUUGGGGACACUGGGUUCCUUUUGGGCACACUUGGGACACUGUGAGGUCCCUUUGGUGACAUUGGGGACACUGGGGUCCCUUUGGGGACACUUGGGACACUGUGAGGUCCCUUUGGGGACAUUGGGUUCCUUUUGGGGACAUUGGGGUCACCCUGGGGCUCCGUGAGGAGCCGCGGCCCUGCAGCACCCCCGGCCCGCCAGGGGGCGCCCUCCGGCGCGCGGCCGCUCUCCCCGUCUCUAUGGCGGGCGGAGGCGCGCGGGGCGCCCUCUAUGAUCCGCUUCCGGUCCGCUGCGGCGGAAGUGACGUCAGAGAGCGGCGGCGGCGGGAGCCGGAGCGAGGUCCCGCCAGCCUCGCCGCUGUCCCCGCGUGUGUCCCCGGCACCGCGGGGCUCCCGCCAGCCCGGUGUCCCCGCUGUCCCCUCUGUCCCUGCUGUCCCCGUGUCCCCACUGUCCCUGUGUCCCCGCUGUCCCCACUGUCCCUGCUGUCCCCGUGUCCCCGCUGUCACUGCCAUCUCUGUGACCCCGUGUCCCCUCUGUCCCCAGUGUCCCCCUCUAUCCCCGGUGUCCUCGUGUCCCCCUGUACCCCUGAGUCCCCAGGGUCCCCUCUAUCCCCAGUGUCCCCAAAGUCCCCCUUUGUCCCUCAGUAUCCACUUUAUCCGCAGUGUCCCUGGAGUCCCCAGUGUCCCUCUGUCCCCCAGUGUCCCUGGAGUCCCCCGUGUCCCUGGAGUCCCCCGUGUCCCUCUGUCCCCCAGUGUCCCCACCAUCCCUGUGUCCCCUCUAUCCCCACCAUCCUCUCUAUCCCCUCUAUCCCAGUGUCCCCCCAGUGUCCCCUGUCCCCCUAUUCCCCAGUGUCCCCUCUAUCCCCCAGUGUCCCUCUGUCCCCCUGUGUCCCCACCAUCCCUGUAUCCCCUCUAUCUCCAGUGUCCCCUCUAUCCCCUGUGUACCCAGUAUCCCCAGUGUCCCCAGUGUCCCCACAGUGUCCCCUGUCCCCCCUCUAGCCCCAGUGUCCCCAGUGUCCCCACAGUGUCCCUUGUCCCCCCUCUAGCCCCAGUGUCCCUCUGUCCCCUUGUGUCCCCUCUAUCCCCUGUGUACCCAGUAUCCCCAGUGUCCCCAGUGUCCCCGCAGGGUUCCCUGUCCCCCCUCUAGCCCCAGUGUCCCUCUGUCCCCUUGUGUCCCCUCUAUCCGCAGUGUCCCCAGUGUACCCAGUAUCCCCAGUGUCCCCACUGUCCGCGCAGUGUCCCCUGUCCCCUUGUGUCCCCUCUAUCCGCAGUGUCCCUCUAGCCCCAGUGUCCCCAGUGUCUCCAGUGUCCCCACCAUCCCCUCUCUCCUCUCUAUCCCCAGUGUCCCCUGUGUCCCCAGUGUCCCUGCCGUGUCCCCUGUCCCCCCUCUAGCCCUAGUGUCCCUCUGUCCCCUUGUGUCCCCUCUUGUCCCAGUGUCCCCAGUGUCCCUGUGUCCCCAGUGUCCCCAGUGUCCCCACCAUCCCCAGUGUCCCCAGUGUCCCCAGUGUCCCUUGUCCCCCCUCUAUCCCCAGUGUCCCUCUGUCCCCUUGUGUCCCCUCUAUCCGCAGUGUCCCUCUAGCCCCAGUGUCUCUAGUGUCCCCACCAUCCUCUCUAUCCCCAGUGUCCCCAGUGUCCCUGCCGUGUCCCCUGUCCCCCCUGUGUCCCCCGUGUCCCCAGUGUCCCCGUGUCCCCGCGGCCAUGCCGGAGGCGGUGCACUACAUCCACCUGCACAACUUCAGCCGCUCGCUGCUGGAGACGCUCAACGGGCAGCGCGUGCGCGGCCACUUCUGCGACGUCACCGUGCGCAUCCGCGAGGCCUCGCUGCGCGCGCACCGCUGCGUGCUGGCCGCCGGCAGCCCCUUCUUCCACGACAAGCUCAGCCUGGGCCACUCGGCCAUCGAGGUGCCGCCCGUGGUGCCCUCGGCCGCCGUGCGCCAGCUGGUCGAGUUCCUCUACAGCGGCAGCCUGGUGGUGGCGCAGUCCGAGGCGCUGCACAUCCUCACGGCCGCCUCCGUGCUGCAGAUCAAGACGGUCAUCGACGAGUGCACGCAGAUCAUCUCGCAGGCCCGCGGCCCCGCCAAGGCCGUGGUGGCCCCGCCGGAGCUGUCCCCGCCGCUGACCGCGCCGCUGGCCACGGAGCUGGCCACGGAGCUGGCCACGGAGCUGGCCGUGCCGGAGCCGGACGGGCCCAGCGGGCACAGCCGCAAGCAGCGGCAGCCGCUGCGCCUGGCGCCCGCCGCGCUCAAGGAAGAGCGCCUGGAGGACGAGGAGGAGGAGGAGGAGGAGGAAGGAGAGGAUGAAGGAGCCCCCCAGGAAGGCGUGCUGGCCCCGCCGCCCUUCCCCGGCCCGGAGCCGCCAUUCCUGGGCGCGGCCGAGGCCUUCCUGCCGCCCUGGGACGGGCAGCCCCGCGAGGCGCCGGGGGGGGACGGGUUCGGUUUCGGGGCGCCCCCGGCGCUGGCGCCGCCCUACCGGGGGUCUCUGGAGGGGGGCGGCGGCCCCGCGGCGCCCCCGGCGCCCCCCGGCGCCCCCCAGCGCGGGGCACAGCCCACCCCCCCGUACCAGUGCGGGCACUGCCAGAAGAGCUUCAGCUCCCGCAAGAACUACACCAAGCACAUGUUCAUCCACUCAGGCGAGAAGCCCCACCAGUGCUCGGUCUGCUGGCGCUCCUUCUCGCUGCGGGACUACCUGCUGAAGCACAUGGUGACGCACACGGGCGUGCGCGCCUUCCAGUGCGGCGUCUGCUGCAAGCGCUUCACGCAGAAGAGCUCCCUGAACGUGCACAUGCGCACGCACCGCCCCGAGCGCUUCCAGUGCCGCCUCUGCUCCAAGGGCUUCUCCCACCGCACCCUCCUGGAGCGGCACGCCGCCGCCUCGCACCCCGGGCCGCCGCCGGGGCCGCCCCUGGGGCCGGCGCCGCCGCUGGGACCGCCACCGGGGCCGCCGCCGGGGCUGCCACCGGGGCCGCCGCCUGGGCUGCCACUGGGACUGCCACCUGGGCUGCCACCGGGGCCACCAGCAGGGCCACCAGCGGGGCCGCCGCUGGGACUACCAGCAGGGCCACCAGCAGGGCCACCAGCAGGGCCACCGCCUGGGCUGCCACUGGGACCGCCACCUGGGCUGCCACCAGGGCCACCAGCGGGGCCACCAGCGGGGCCACCAUCUGGGCUGCCACUGGGACCGCCAGCAGGGCCACCAGCAGGGCCACCGCCUGGGCUGCCACUGGGACCACCACCUGGGCUGCCCCCAGGGCCACCAGCGGGGCCACCAGCGGGGCCACCAUCUAGGCUGCCACUGGGACCGCCAGCGGGGCCACCAGCAGGGCCACCGCCUGGGCUGCCACUGGGACCGCCACCUGGGCUGCCCCCGGGGCCACCAGCGGGGCCACCAGCAGGGCUGCCGCUGGGGCCAGCAGCGGGGCCACCGCCAGGGCCAGCGCCGGAGCCCGGGGUGGGCCCGUGGCCGGAGGUGGCGGGCGCUGGCCCCGCUCACUCGGCCUGAGGAGGGGUCCCUGAGGUGGGCCCGGGGGAGGCUGCAGGAGGGGCCGAGGGGUUCCCGUGGGGUCCCGGAGGUGCUGGGGACGAUCCCGGUGACAGGAGAAGGGAUGGGGACGUGGGGGACACCCAGGGAUCCGGGCAGCACCGGGAUCAUGGGACGGAUCCGGAGGGAUCAUGGGACAGAUCCUGCUCAGAUCACGGGACAGAUCCGGAGGGAUCACGGGACAGAUCCUGAGGGAUCAUGGGACAGAUCCUGCUCAGAUCACAGGACAGAUCCUGAGAGAUCACGGGACAGAUCCUGCUCAGAUCACAGGACAGAUCCUGAGUGGAUCAUGGGACAGAUCCUGAGGGAUCACAGGACAGAUCCUGCUCAGAUCACGGGACAGAUCCUGAGGGAUCACGGGACAGAUCCUGCUCAGAUCACAGGACAGAUCCUGAGGGGAUCAUGGGACAGAUCCUGAGGGAUCACGGGACAGAUCCUGAGGGAUCACAGGACAGAUCCUGAGGGAUCAGGGCACAGAUCCUGCUUAGAUCACGUCACAGAUCCUGAGGGGAUCACGGGACAGAUCCUGAGGGAAUGCGGGACAGAUCCUGAGGGAUCACGGGACAGAUCCUGCUCAGAUCACAGGACAGAUCCUGAGGGAUCACAGGACAGAUCCUGCUCAGAUCACAGGACAGAUCCUGAGGGAUCACAGAACAGAUCCUGCUCAGAUCACGGCACAGAUCCUGAGGGAUCACAGGACAGAUCCUGCUCAGAUCACGGGACAGAUCCUGAGGGAUCACGGGACAGAUCCUGAGGGAUCACGGGACAGAUCCUGAGGGAUCACAGGACAGAUCCUGAGGGAUCAGGGCACAGAUCCUGCUCAGAUCACGGGACACAUCCUGAGUGGAUCAUGGCCCAGAUCCUGCUCAGAUCACGGCACAGAUCCUGAGGGAUCACAGGACAGAUCCUGAGGGAUCACAGGACAGAUCCUGCUCAGAUCACGGCACAGAUCCUGCUCAGAUCACGGCACUGAUCCUGAGUGAUCAUGGGAAAGAUCCUGAGGGAUCAGGGCACAGAUCCUGAGUGGAUCACAGGACAGAUCCUGCUCAGAUCAUAGGACAGAUCCUGAGGGAUCACAGGACAGAUCCUGCUCAGAUCAUGGCACAGAUCCUGAGGGAUCAGGGCACAGAUCCUGAGGGAUCACGGCCCAGAUCCUGCCGGGGGCUCCGCCGCGGCUCCCGGAGGCGCCCCCAGGAGGAGUUUGGCGAUGGCCACCAAGGCCCAAGGGGGCAAACGGAGCCCGGGAACCCCGGUGGCCCUGGGGGGCGAACGAUGACGUCAUUGACCCAUUGGCACCCCCGGAAUGUUCUGGAGCAGGGAUUGGACAGAUGGACAGGAGUGGCCAUGGAGAUGCUCAGAGGGGCGGACAGAACUGAGGUGUCACACCUGGGGAAGGAUCCAGGGACACCUGAGAGGGGACCUAGGAGCUGGGGAGGGACGUGGGACUGGCUGGGUGAAAGGUCCUGGUGGCACCUGGGGGGACACAGGGUCCCUCCUGUCCCCUCCCCAGGACACAGGGUCCCUCCUGUCCCCUCCCCAGGACGCAGGGUCCCUCCUGUCCCCUCCCCAGGGACACAGGGCCCCUCCUGUCCCCUCUCCCAGGGACACAGGGUCCCUCAUUGUCCCCUCCCCAGGGACACAGGGCCCCUCCUGUCCCCUCUCCCAGGGACACAGGGUCCCUCCUGUCCCCUCCCCAAGGACACAGGGUCCCUCAUUGUCCCCUCCCCCAGGACACAGGGUCCCUCCUGUCCCCUCCCCAAGGACACAGGGUCCCUCCUGUCCCCUCCCCAGGGACACAGGGUCCCUCCUGCCCCCUCCCCCAGGACACAGGGUCCCUUCUGUCCCCUCCCCGGGACACAGGGCCUUUCCUGUCCCCUCCCCAGGACACAGGGUCCCUCCUGUCCCCUCCCCAGGACACAGGGUCCCUCCUGUCCCCUCCCUAGGGGUCACGGGGUCCCUCCUGUCCCCCUGAUGGUGACAGUGACCCCGGGGGGUUUAGGGACACUCUCGGUGCCGUUUUUGCCGUUUUUUACAUUAAAACUGAUGUCACCUGUGCUGUGUCACCU